AUGGAUGAGGCCCAACGAGGUGCCAAGGCUCUUGCAGCCUCAAAUUUCCCAGCGGCAAUCGAGCACUAUACGCGCGCCCUGAUCGUCAACCCACACGCCGCAGACUACUACAUCAAACGCUCGACGGCAUACUCGCGCCUCCGCUCGGAGGACGGGGGCUCCAACGGCCAGGAAGCUCUCCGCGAUGCCGAGAUGGCCGUGGCACUGGGUCUGCAGCGUGCGAGACGGGAACAGAUACUGGCGGGCCAAAUGCGCCGAGCCAUUGCGCUUUUCCAGCUUGGAAGAUAUGGAGAUGCGGAUUUUGUGUUUAAAGUCGUCAGGGGUAAAGUUGGGCCGAGCGCCGUAAAUACCAUGGAGUCGGCGAUGGUGGCGAAUAGUGGCAGCGCUACUUCUGCGACUGCAACUAGUAAAGAACUGGAUAUUUGGGAACUCAAGGUAGGGAAUUGGAUGAGAAAGUUGGAGAAAGAUGAUGAACGGUUGCGCGUGACUGUUCAGGAAUUCCCCGAUAUCAGGGUGCCGGAGGAAGCGAAGUUGAAGGAAAUUUUCCGCAAGCAGCUGGAGGAGAAUGUCGGGAUGGCUGUGGGGAAUACGGGCGCAGAAGAAGAAUCUGUAAACAACGGGAAGAAUGUGUCUGCGUUGGGAAAUACGGCACGAGAAGGGUCACAGCGGACGUCGACAGCACCGCCUGGAGCGAAUCCACAAGCUCCCGUUGUGACCAGCGUUCGGCAUGAGUGGUAUCAGACGCACGACACCGUAGUCGUAACCUUGUACGCGAAGGGCGUCCCAAAAGAAAAGGCUGAUAUUGAUAUCCAGGAAGACUCCGUCUCUGUAGCAUUCCCUAUGGCCUCUGGAUCAGACUUCUCUUUCAAUCUUGAGCCCCUAUUUUCACUCGUCGAUUCAACCGCCUCCAAAGCAACUGUGAUGUCUACAAAAAUAGAAAUAAUUCUUCGCAAGAAACAGCCAGGUCAAAAAUGGGGCGCCCUAGAAGCUACAUCUACAUCCCAGCCAGCAACAACCAGCAGUAAAGGAAAUAGCAGCCCUACUAUACCACCGGCCACAAAGGUAUCACCACAACCGAGCACCACAACACCAUCUACAGACCAUACCCCCUCGUACCCUACCUCAUCCCGCAAUGGCCCAAAGGAUUGGGAUAAAGUGGCCUCCUCCUUGACGAAGAAAAGCAAGAAGAAGGAAUCCAAGGGCAAAGAGAAAGAAGAAUCGUCCACUAGCGCCGACAAGGAUGCCAAGGAAGAGGUGGACGAUGAAGAUGAAGGUGUCGAAUCCGAUACUUCAGAGUACGGAACCGGAGAUCCGGUUGAUGCUUUUUUCAAGAAGUUGUACGCCAAGGCGGACCCUGACACGCGCCGGGCUAUGGUGAAGAGCUACUAUGAGAGCGAGGGGACGGCGCUUAGUACGAAUUGGAGUGAGGUGAGGAAAGGCAAGGUGGAGGUUAAGCCGCCCUCUGAUGAUUGAAUUGAAUGAAUGGAAUGGUUGGUUGGGUGAUCAAUUCUUCCGCCUUUUUUUGUCUUGGCCUUCAAAGGAGCUGUUUUCUAGCUUGGAUUCAACCGACACUAUAGCUGCGAGGGAUAUGAACUAGGGAGAGAGGGGAGCUUUACGGGAGGAGAGGGAUCGGCUUUGGGUUCAAGCUGGUCAGAAAGAUACCCUUGAGGCUGAAGAGAUAGCUACACAGCGAAGUUGAAAUAAUUUUAACGACGAAUGCGAUUUCAGUUGUUAGCUCACGAUCCACGGGCAGUAGUUUCCCUGUUCCUUUUCACUUUGCCUUAUCUUUUGAUUGUAUGAUUCUAACGCUGGAAAUAGCGAUCUCUAUCAAGGAACUGACUCAAUUUCAAAACAACUAACGUUUUUUG